AUGAGUAAUCCAUGGGCCAAAAGAGAUGCUUGGAGGUAUGAAGGACAGUUCACCCGUUUCAACAGAUUCAAAAAUGCGUUUCCAGGAUUCGGGAUUGCCGUUGGAACUUUUUCAAUUUAUCUUGCUUAUGAACAUUUCUUCUUAAAGAAGGAUCAUGGACAUGAUGAACAUCAUUAA